UCACCACUCAACCCUCAUCUUUUCCACUGUGAGACAGCAGCGCUAAUGUUUGUUUUGUUGCCAGUGGUGCUGAUCGGAGACUCUGGUGUGGGGAAGAGUAACCUGCUGUCCCGUUUCACACGGAAUGAGUUCAACCUGGAGAGCAAAAGCACCAUUGGUGUGGAGUUUGCCACCCGCAGCAUUCAGGUAGACAGCAAGACGAUAAAGGCACAGAUCUGGGAUACAGCUGGACAGGAGCGCUACAGAGCCAUCACCUCAGCGUGAGUGGAGGAGGAUGCUCAAUAAUGUUAAGGAUGCUCGUCUUCCUGUAACCUGCCCUUUACGGAACAAACUUAUUUGGAUAGUAUUGAAACCAUUCUGAGAAAAUGCUUCUGUCUAAAUCCCACAACCUUUGACCUCCUAUUCUCCUUGCUCUGGCCCAAUCAGGUACUACCGGGGGGCAGUGGGGGCUCUCCUAGUGUAUGACAUUGCCAAGCAUCUAACCUAUGAAAAUGUGGAGCGCUGGCUGAAGGAGCUCAGGGAUCAUGCUGAUAACAACAUCGUCAUCAUGCUGGUGGGCAACAAGAGUGACCUGCGCCACCUCAGGGCAGUUCCCACAGACGAGGCUCGUGCCUUUGCAGGUAAACAACAACCACUGCAACAAUAACACUGGAGGAGACAACAGCUCACUCUGGGGACAGAGAUGGUUAAAAAGCCACCCAUGUUUGUCUUAACUCAAUCUUUUCUCUUUUUCUCCCUCAGAGAAGAAUACGUUAUCAUUUAUUGAAACAUCAGCUUUGGACUCCACUAAUGUGGAAGAGGCGUUCAAGAACAUCCUCACGGGUAAGCGACAGGAUCCACUAAAUAAGACUAUUUACAUUUAAUUAGUUUCAAGUCAAAUUGUGAUUUCUAACACAUGAAUGGAAUGAUUGCUGUAUCAAGGUAAAUAUUUAAUCAUGAGUAACUGACAUUUCCUUUUUUGCACAGAAAUCCACCGAAUCGUAUCACAAAAGCAGAUAGCUGACAGAUCAGCACAUGACGAGUCUCCAGGCAACAAUGUAGUGGACAUCAGUGUCCCCCCCACCACCGAUGGGCAAAAAAACAAAGUACCGUGCUGUCAAAGCCUGUGACACUCAAUACCACUGCCCCACCUCCAUCCCACCCCUCACUCUCUUCAGCUGCUUUUCUCCUGGGUGUUGUGCUGCUGCUGUCUCUAUUCCUCCAUGUGUUUUAGAAGUCUCCUAGAAACUCAGACUUUGUAGAUAACAUUCCUUUUUCACUUUUUUUCUCAUGUUCGUUGUUUGUCUGUAUGCUAUCCUCUUCUAACCUCAACUUGUCUUUUACCAAGUGCUCUGAUUUUUCGGCGGUCUUUUUUUGGGGUCUAUUUUGUAUUCAGGCUCUGAUCAUGUGACCCAAUCCUGUAGAAGGAAUGGUGAGGGAUCAGUUUGUCCUGAGCUUUCGGGUCAAUUCUAGAUGGGAUACAGCUUGUGUCAAAAUUGACAUCAAGUUGAAAUAUUUUGCAUUUUAGCUAACCCGAACCCUUUUCCUAAAACCCAAUUAUCCUAACAUGCCAUGUUAGUUAUCCUAACCUGCUGUGUAAAUUCUCCUAAUCUGCUACGAAAAGUACAUUUUCACAAAAGCUGUAUCCCUUCUAGAUAAAACCGAGCUUCUGGUUGCCUCCUUGCUGUCCUCGGAGACCCUGUCUUGAGUGUGGCAUGAAAGGAGCAAGAACAGGGACCUGGGUAGUGACAAACUUGGGCUGAUAUGUGUUUCAGAAAAUUGUGAAUUUAAUUUUUUGUUUAAGUCUGAGGUUCACAGAGAUACCAAAGUGUGGCUGAAAUCAUUUUCAACCUGAAAUAAUCUCAUCUAAACAGUAAACUUGCAGAGAGGUACAUUUGUCAAGAUUGGACUUUUACCAAUUGUUUCAUGUGCUUUGUUUCACUGUUAGCUGCUGCCACUGUUCUCUCUGUCAUUAGAUUAUACUUGGAACUGAUCCAGUAGUCAGACUACAAUUGAAAGCAAAAGUGAAUAUGAAACUUGUGUCCUGCUGAUCAUUUCAAUGGAACUCGCCAUGUAAAAUCAACAACAAAUUCUAAAUGACUAACGUCUUCAAAUCCCAACACUUAGCUUGGUUUUGUUUGUGGGGUGGG